AUGGACACCUUCGACGCGGACGCGCUCACGCUCUGCACGGCAGCUCCCGCAGCGCUGGAGCAGCCGAUGUACUACCUCUCGCCUGCACAGGCGCUAUUGGUGGAGGAGUCAGAGAUCCUCAAGGAUGCAGUUGCAGCUGCUGGUGGCCUUCAGGACCGCGCGGAUGGCAAGCUGGGUUGCUACGUGCCCCACCGGGUGGUCGCUGCUGCACUGAGACUCCCUCCCGGCGGGAUCAACAUGGCCGAGGCCAAGUAUGGCGCGUAUCUUUGGUGCACAGAAUUCGAGAAUGUGCACUCCACAUGGGUGUUUGAGGAACCAGGCCUCCACUACGAUGGACUGCGGUUCAAUGGACCCGAGCAACUCUUUCAGCUGCACAAGUUCGGGCCCAAAGGCUCGAAGGCGUUCAGGGACAUGGCGCCAGCUUUUGCGGAGGCCUCCGCCAACAAAGCGUUCAGCAUGGGCAGGGGCGCGAGCCUUCCACCGGAUUGGGAGGACAUGAAGGAGGCCGUGAUGCGCGAAGUCCUCCGUGCGAAGUUUGAGCAUGCUGGCCUGCGCCAGCUUCUCAAAAGCACCCACCCCCACCCACUGGUCUCCGUGAAGCCCGAUGCUUAUUGGGGCACGGGCCUGGAUGGCACUGGCCGAAACCGACUGGGCGCCUUGCUGGAAGAACUGCGCCAGGAGCUUCUGCGUUGA